AUGUUCUCAAAGCUGUUCACCACGUCUUGUCUCGUUGCGAUCGCCCUCUCCACCGCCCAGGAAGAGGAAGGUCCCAUCAAAGUUUCUUCCACGAAACGCCGUCAAUACGUGGCUGCUCAGCAGCCGGUGGUCCCGGUUGUGGCGCCAGUUGGACAGUGUCCAGGUGGACCAUCGCUCCCAAUCGAAUGCGACCCAAAGCGUCCAUGGCCACAGUGUCCACCACAAUCUUACUGCUAUGCUACCAACUCGGUCGACAUCGGACCAUACUUCUGUUGUCCAGUCUGGUCGACGUACGGAGCCGCCUGGCGUCCGGCCACCCCAUUCUACAACUACGUUCCACCAGUCCCACAAAACUGGCCAGAUGUUGCUAAGAUGACAGCCAACUGGCCAGCCGCCGCUGUCUCUGUCCCAGUCAAAGCCCGUAAGCCAACGAAAUCCGACGAUGGAGAGGAGGAUCAACUUCCCGACGGAAUCUCUUCAUCCAUCAACUCGUGGGUUCAACGUCAAAAGUUGUAA